AUGAACAGUCGCUUGCCCCACCCUACCCCAAGGCAUUUAAUUUGGGAAGAAUGUUAUUACGAAGCGGCAUCGUCUUUGGGCAGCCUUCAGGGGUUUUCUCGAAAUGGGAGUCCAGAAAUCGAUUUUCCAGAUUUCAGCAAUUCUUCGGUUGCAUUUGAUAGCCUUAAUUUAGGGCACGGUGUCUCAGAAAGGGACAAGGUGCAUAUUCUUAUGGACAAGAUGAUGGCUGAUGGUAAUGUUAGAGCUGUUGGAGAAGGAUUGGUUGGGAGGGUUGUGUUAACCGGAAACUAUAAGUGGAUGUUGUCUGAGAAUUAUUGUGGAGAACCCCAGUCACUAGAGGUUCUCGAAGAAGCCCUUCAACAAUUUUCAGCUGGCAUAAAGACAGUUGCAGUUAUUCCUGUUCUUCCACAUGGGGUAGUCCAGUUUGGUUCACACGUGACUAUCCCAGAGAAUAUUGGAUUCGUUAAAGAAGUGGUGUUGUUAAUACUCGAAUUGGGACAGAUAUCCGGCCUGCUGCAAUCCGAAAACUGUGAACCGAAAGAACUCAUGCCUGGGCUUUUGCCUCUGAGAUCAAAUACAAUCAGCUCAUCUUCUUACUCGGCCGGCAGUUUUAACUCUGCUGAAUGCUCUGCUCAAACCUCACACGCGUUUGGCAACGGUCAAACAUCUUUUCGAACCUCAAACUUUGUAGGCCAGUCUUUCGAGCCUUACGAACCCAAAAUCCCUGUCCCACAUUUAACCUCACCAAACCAAUUCAUUAACAGAGUUCCAAAAAUUUCCAAUGAAUGGACAAAUCUGCAAUCGUUUUCUACGCGCAUGUCUGUGCCCGAAAUGAGUUCAGCCCAAAUUGGUUUUAAAGAUCAGAUUUUUUCUGAAGUGUCGACUUCCAAUAAUGCCACUGACCAAUCGGGGGACGAUCUGUUCGAUGUUUUGGGUUCUGAUUUCAAGAGAAGGAUGUGUAAUAGCAGUUUGAAUGACCGAACAGGAAAUGAGCCCGCGAAGAUCAGUUUUUCAGAUAUAUUAUGUCCUCUCGUCCCGGUAAAAUUGGAGGGCGAGGAUUUGUCCUUCACAGGCACCGAUCAUCUUUUAGAUGCCGUGGUCUCUAAGGGUCAACCUAACAGGAGCUCGGAUGGAAGUUUUUCUUGCGUGUCAACUCAGACCAGUGUUAGUAACUCCUCCGCUUCAAAGAUUUUGCUGCCUGAAGGGCUUCUUGGGAAUUUCAAUCACACAAAGGGGGGACAAUUGUUCGGUGAACAAAAUUAUGCAGCUAAGGGUAAAGAGGUUUCGAGUAUGGGUAGUUGUGUUUUUGACACGUGGACCGAAAAGGGUUUUGGUUUGAAACCGAAUGAGAGUAGUGUGGCCUCCGAAUUUUCUACUAAACCGAAUGCGACGAGCAAGCCUAGUCGGAAGAGGCCUAAACCAGGCGAGAAUCCGCGGCCAAGGCCAAGAGAUCGGCAGAUGAUCCAAGACCGUAUGAAGGAACUUAGGGAAAUCGUGCCCAAUGGUGCAAAGUGUAGCAUUGACUGUCUUCUGGAACGUACGAUCAAGCAUAUGCUUUUCUUGCAAGGUGUCACGAAGCAUGCGGACAAGCUGAAGCAAACUGCAGAAUCCAAGAUUAUCAGCAAGGAUGGUUGUUCGCUUAUGAAAGAUAAUAGUGGAGGAGUUACAUGGGCCUAUGAAAUAGGUUCGCGAUCUAUGUCGUGCCCAAUCAUAGUUGAGGAUAUAAGUCAUCAACCCCAUCAAAUGGUUGUUGAGAUGCUUUGCGAAGAAAGGGGUUCGUUUUUGGAAGUAGCCGGUACAAUCAGGGGACUUGGGUUAACCAUUCUGAAAGGGCUCAUGGAAAAUCGGGAGGGCAAGGUCUGGGCUUGCUUCACCGUGGUGGCCAACCGCAAUGUGACAAGGAUGGAAAUCUUCCUCUCACUAGUUCGUCUCCUGGACCAAAACGCGAAGCCCGGUUUUCCGAAGCCCAAUAGCAAGCCCGAAAAUGUGAUGAUCCAAGAGCAACACCAAACAAUCUUUGGUACAUGUUAA